AUGUCUCCAUCUAUUUACGGCUCCCCCGUUGUGCCCAGUAAUAGUACCCAUACUCUUCAACUCUCCUAUCCGUCGGAGGAAUGGAAGCUCUCCCUUCAGGAGGUCAAACUACUCUACUUGCAACGGCAAUAUAAACAAUGCGCUGCCAAAUCCACGAAAUUGCUGCGCAAAGCGGAUAACCAGCUCCAUGCAAUCCAUAAAGCAUUCCUCCAUUACUACAGUGCUAUCUCUUAUGAAUCAUUGGGAAGAAACGCUCACAAUUACUCAAGCAACAAACUCCCACUCCUCAACUUAGCAAGAGAUAAUUUCACGGCCUGCAAAUCCUCCCUCGCAGUAGCUCUCUCAGGUCCAGUUGACAAAAAGAAACACCGACCACAACAGCCACGGCGGAUACCCAGCAACAGGUGGCGCGAACACGUGUUGAUGAACGAAAAGCGAAAAACAUAUCCUGCAAUAUCACCGACAAAACUUCGUUGCGAUACGCCUAUCCUUGUUGAAGACUCUGUCAACCAUCAUGCAGCUCUCUCCCCGUUGCCAGCUCAGCAAUCUGCCACUUCCAGCCCGACUAGCACAUUGCCACGUCAGGGGCAGUCAAAAAAGAAAGAACUCGUGCCGUCCCCUCUACGCAUCCACAAAGUCUGCCAUAAUGGCAAUUUCCAAGAUCAAUUCGUAGAAUACGAACCAUCGCCUUUACCUCCUCCAACGCGCCCACUUCCCAAAUUACCACCUGAGGCCAAUCACCGUCCGCUCCUCAGUGUUCCGAGAGCCAACACUACCCACGAACCAAACACAGCAGCAAUUGUGCCUCUGUUUCGGUCCCUCGCUCCGCAGUUUUACAGACACUCAACUGGAUAUUCAGCUGCAUCUCUACCGGCAACUAGCUCAAGUCGCACGGGCAGAAACGGCACCAUCCAUCAACCGCAAGCCUAUGCGCAGGCCAUGUUGCCCCUGCCGCAAAAUUCGCCGCUCAUCCCGCUCAUAACCUCACUCUCCGCCCAACUUGACGUAAACGUAAAAUCCAUCAGCACAUUGAUAUCUAAAACCCUGGACCUUCAGCGCAUCCACAAUGCGAAGAAGAAUAGCCGCUUAGCCUCGUUCUGGAGCUUCACGCCCACCUACGACGACGAGAAUGUUAUCGCCAAUGACCCAUUUUCCGAUCUCAGCAAUUACAACAACGACAACGACGCCUGCUAUUGCGAUUACUACCACCACAAUAACAGCGACAGCCGCAAUGCUUCCGUCAGCGGCGGCCCCGCAACUGCUGCAAUAAACAGGCAUCCCACCCGCACCCCCCUCCAGAAACACAAUGGCAACUUCCCCUCCACCACCAGAAACAGCACAUCACCGCCAUCCUCAUCAUCCUCGUCGUCGACGUCGUCGUCGUCGCGGGCCGCAUCCACCGACGAAACGCGCCAGCAGCGAAUUGCCCGCCUUAAGGCUGACGGGUGGAUGACGGUAGGCUUACGAUCAAGGAAUCAUGGCUGGAAGGGCUCGAUCUAUUAUCAACGCGUGUGUAAUGAGGCAUUAGCGGAGCUUUAUGGGAAUGAGAAUGGGAGGGUGCGGGGGUGA